AUGCACCUGUGCGACUCUGCGACUGUGCGACGUGAGGGUGCGACCAAGACGGAGGCAUCGACGGAGGCAGAUGUCAUGUUUGCAGUAGACUCGCGGGGACGUGGCUGCGAGCGUACGGGUCGGUGCGAGCCCUGGCAGCGAAGAACUCAGAACUCAGAACUCGGAAGAGGGUUUUUGUCUGAGCGACAGACAGACAGGACACGACGCGAACAGGGACAAGCCAGGGAAGGACAUCCUUCCACCGGGCAAGUCAAGGGCUCGCCAGCAAAUCGGAACCACAGGACCCGGGCGGGAAAAAAGGUGGGGAAGAAAGGGAAGAAGCAGGACCGGGGUCCCGGCCGUAGCAGAGGAAGAGCAAAGCGCCGAGCGAGAGGAACGGGAGGCAAGUCAGCAAGGGCAAGGGGGCACAGAGGACGUAGAACGAGCAAGGGGGAGAUCCCUCGUCGCCCGGCUGAGGCAAAUCAAAGCGCGUCUGUUCGUGUUGCGCUGGGAGGGAGUUUUGGUUUAGCUAUCAUUGCCAUGCGGGUUGUGGUCCAGCGAGCAAUGGAAGGGUGUGAUGAACGAGAGAGAGCCAUGGAUGGAAUGCAGCUAUGCAUGCCCGGUUCAUCAAGGAUCGGCUCGAUUUGGCCUGAUACGUGUCAGACGCCGCAAGCAGAGAUGUGCGGGCGAGAUCUGUCGCUUUUGACCAAGUACAUGCCAGCAUUAUCAUUCGACAUCAGCAUCAUCAUCAGCAUCAGCACGCCACCCAACGCACAAGAACGUUUCCGUCAAUCUGUAACAGCCAGAUCCACCCCGCCUUCGCAAGCAGCUGAAGAAAAAUUCCAGAACAAAAAGCAAAAAAGCAAUAAUAGUAAUAAUAACCAGCAGCCCCCCCCAUCGGAUCCGAAAGGAUGGCCAGCAGCCGCAGCCGCAGCCACGCAGCAAGUAGUUAGCAGUUCCACCGUCACCGGGUUAGCAUGA